AUGAAUGUUAGGAAUUCUAUUUUUGGAUUUACUCUUUUAUUUUUAUUCUCUGAAUGUCGUGCCUGUUUUAGCAGUAAUCAAACAUACGAAUACAGAUUGAGAACUGGGAGUACUUUCUACAUGGAAUGCCGAUGCGACGAACCAUCUUCCUCCAGAAUAAGUUUGGUGUGGUUGGACAAUCAUGGCAAGAAACUGGUACCUUCGGGACCAGGUACAAAAUCAAACGUUUACACGCAAUGGUGGGACGAAGUACAAUACAACCUCUACAUAACAAACAUCAGUCGAUCUACGUCUGGUGUUUACAAAUGUGUCACACACAAUGGUGGACUGUAUUUUCAGGCAUUCGAUGUCCAAGCAUAUGAUCUCCCAUACUUUGUUAAUACGAAAAAAGCUCAGUACGUAAUCAAUGGUACCGAUGCCUUAAUAAAUUGUGAAGCCAGAGGAGCCGUAGAUCCACUUAUCAGCUGGUGCAAAGAAAGCUUUGAACCUAUAGAGAUUAUGGACGAUGAUAAGUACAGUAUAUCUGGAGAGGGAUUAUUGAUACGAAAUAUAAGUAAUGAAGACAACGGCAUUUAUAAGUGCGUAGCAUCUGAUUUAUCAACUGGAGAAGAAGUCGCUAUAGAUAUCAAAGUAGAGGUUGUUACUGUACCAGAAAUAGUAGAACUCGUAGCUAUUCCAGAAAAUGCAGCUUAUGAAGGAGCGUCUAUAUCUAUUGAAUGUCUAGCUAGUGGAACACCACCACCGGAAUACAGUUGGCAAAAGAUUACAAAUAUAGAUUAUGGAAUUGAAGUAAAUUUUAAAGAAGUUCUUAACAAAAUAGAAUUUGAUAACAUAACAGCUGAUGAUAGAGGAAUGUAUCAAUGUAUAGCGACAAAUAGUGCUGGCAGUGAUACAAAGAAAAUUGAACUGAAGGUUUUAGUUCCACCUAAAAUAACGCAAUUCAGUGACGUAACAGCUGUAGAGGAUGGUACAGUGCAAGUUGUAUGUAGAGCGCAAGGAAUACCAGUACCCAAAAUAAAUAUACUUUUUCUAGGCGAAUCAGAUGACUUAAGCAUAGUUUGGGACAGUAAAGCAAUCAGUGAGACUGAUAGUGAACUUUACUUAUCGUUUCUACGGGUUAAAAAGAGCCAUGAGGGUAGUUACAUCUGCAAUGCUACAAAUGAGGUGGACUCAGUUACUGCUGAAAUGAACCUUACAGUACUUUACAAGCCAUAUUUCAAAACUCCGGUCGAAAACACAUGGGGUUGGAAUGGGAAUCCAGUUAAUUUAACUUGCGAUCCGGAAAGUAAUCCUCCAGCUAGAAUAUUUUGGAGGUAUGAAAGUACAAAUAUAUCUACUGAAAAAGUAUUAGAAAUCAAUAGAAUGAUAAUAGAAAAUGGCACUAAUGUACCGGUAUUAUUUAACAAUGAAACAAUGUAUGGCGUUUAUGAAUGUGUAGCUCAAAACGACUAUGGAGAAGCUAAGAAGAUAAUUGUUUACUUAGAAGGCUUUGCACCUCCAACUAUUCGAAAUGUAACGCUAAUGAAUAUAACGUCAACAUCAGUAGUUUUUGAUAUCGAAGGACCCGAACAGAUAAUUGGUCCUCCAGUCGUUGGAUUCACUUCAGAAUAUGAUGAAGCCAAAAAUUAUAAUAUCACAGAUAUUCAUAACAACCGAACUUGGGCUAUAGACAGACCUUACAAGAUUAAUAAACUUAAACCGAAUAGCAGUUAUAUUAUUAGAUUUGCCGCUGUCAACGAUGUCGGCCCUGGACCAUGGAGCGAGUCGCUUGAAUUUAUGACACUGGAAAGAUCAACACCAGAAGAGCCUGCUUGGGAUACAAAUUUAGAAUAUAUCAAUGACGAAGUCCUUAAAUGGAAAGUAGGGGAAGACAACGGUGAACCAAUUGAUUAUUACGUGAUACGAUAUUGCCAGGUGAUUGAUCUAACCAUCCAAAAGGAUAAAUGUUACGAGGAAAUGAUGGAUCCAACGAAUGAAUUCUUUCUUAACAAUCUAGACCCCAAUACUACUUAUUAUUUCGAAUUGGUUGCCCACAAUUCUCUUGGAAAUUCAACCGUUGCUUCUACGUACAUAACAUUACCAGAGAAGAAUCCUGGUACAAUUAAACCUGGCGCCAUACUAGGAAUCGCACUAGUAGUUGUGUUUAUAUGUCUAGUUCUAUUAGACCUAACAAUGCUAUUUCUUAAGCGGAAAGGCGUCAUCGCAAGCUGUGUCUAUAAGAAGAAGGAUAACAAAGCUGAGGUAACGAAUGCAAGGGAUAAAAAAGGCCUUUUACGCGACAGUUCAGAAGGCGAGCCAAGGAGAUCAACUAAUGGUCACAGGGAGUUUGAGUACAACAAGAGUACGGGCAUUAUAACGGGAAAACAUUCGGCCGUAUAA